AUGAUUAAAUCUUCAGCAAAUACAGCAAAUUAUUUAACUAGACAAUAUUCAAAUGAUGCAUCUUCAUCAAUUACAAACACAUCAUCAAUAAAGCACAAUAACUAUAACGAUCUCAUUAAUUAUGUUAAUUUUAAUCAAGAUUCAUCAUGUAUUUCGCUUGGUUUAAAUAGUGGUUACAAAAUAUAUAAUAUAGACUCGACUAAAAAUUUCAAUUUCAUAAAGAAUGAAAGCAUAGGUAUUGUUGAAAUGUUAUAUAGUACAAGUUUAUUAGCUAUUGUAAAUAAAGGUGAGGAAAUUGGUUCAAGUCCAAGGAAACUUAAAAUCAUCAAUAUAAAAAAUCAGAGCACAAUUUGUGAUUUAAUAUUUCCAAAUACAAUCCUACUGGUUAAAUUGACUAAGAAAUACAUAAUUGUGAUAUUAGAAGACCAAAUCUACAUUUAUGACAUAAAUAAUAUGAAAUUAUUGCAUACUAUAGAAACAUCCACAAAUUCACUGGGUCUAGUAGCUAUUUCAUACAAUGAAACUCAUUCAUAUCUAGCAUACCCAUCACCUCCCAAAACUAUAACUCAUGAUUCUUUAUUAGCUAGUGGUAUAAAUACAAAUGGUGGAUUAAAUUCAAACAUAAAUAAUAUAAGUUCGGUAAGUAAUGCACCAAAUAGAAUUGGAGAUGUUAUAAUAUUCAAUUUAAAUACAUUGCAACCUAUUUCCGUAAUUGAAGCACAUAAAUCUACAAUUGCACUGAUGAAUUUCAGUAAUGACGGUCAAUAUUUAGUUACUGCAAGUGAUAAAGGAACAAUUGUGAGAAUAUUUCAAGUUAAUACAGGUAUUAAAUUAUAUCAAUUUAGAAGAGGAACAUAUCCGACAAAAAUAUACUCCCUUAAAUUUAGUUCUGACGAUAAAUAUGUCCUUGCUACUUCUUCAAGUUUAACUGUUCAUAUAUUUAGAUUAGGUGAAGAAGAAAGUCUUGAAACAAAACAUAAGAAAAAGAGAAAAGAGCCAAUAUAUGAACCAAUACAAGAAGAAGAAGAAAUUACAAGUCCAAAAAUUACAACUUCUUCAACUGCUGCACCUAUACUCACUACUCAUAAUGUCAGUUCCAAAAAUAAGCGAAAUAUAGAUGAUUUUGAUACUAUAAAAGAUGAUGGAGAUGAUUCAGAUGCAACUAUGGAUCUAGAUGAUGGUGAACUAGAUGAAGAUACUGAAUCAAUGGAAGUAAUCCCCAAUAAACAAAGAAAAUUAUCACAAGAAUCUUCAAAUUCGUAUAGUAGUAUAAAUUCAGAAGAUAUACUCGCCAACAAUUCACCUAAAAAUGAACCAUUAAUUGAUCAAACUAGAUUAUCAGUAGCCAGAUUAAUUCGAAGAAGUUCUCAAAAUAUAGGUCGUAAAGUUGGACAAAAGAUGGGUGAUUUUUUACCAUCUAAAUUUUCUUCAAUCCUUGAACCAACUAGACAUUUUGCAUCAUUUAAAAUUAAAUCACAUAAUAAAGAGAUUAAAAGUAUUGCAGUAAUGAGUAAUAAUGAAUUACAACAAGAUUUAGUACCUACAAAUUAUUUUGAAAAUGAUAAUCAAUCCACACAUUCGUCAAAUAAAGAAUUAUUAGAAGUUAAUUUAUUACAUAUUUAUGUCAUUACUAAUGAAGGUAUGUUUUAUAUAUAUGGAUUGGAUCCAGAAAGAGGUGGUGAUUGUAUAUUAAUUAAUUCAUUUAAUAUAUUAGACGACUGA